AUGCAGUUAUCAGCUGCUGAGAUCAUACAGUGUAUAUACAGUGUUCCAGAUCAUACAGUGUUCCAGAUCAUACAGUGUAUAUACAGUGUUCCAGAUCAUACAGUGUUCCAGAUCAUACAGUGUAUAUACAGUGUUCCAGAUCAUACAGUGUUCCAGAUCAUACAGUGUAUAUACAGUGUUCCAGAUCAUACAGUGUUCCAGAUCAUACAGUGUAUAUACAGUGUUCCAGAUCAUACAGUGUAUAUACAGUGUUCCAGAUCAUACAGUGUAUAUACAGUGUUCCAGAUCAUACAGUGUAUAUACAGUGUUCCAGAUCAUACAGUGUUCCAGAUCAUACAGUGUUCUAGAUCAUACAGUGUAUUUACAGUGUUCCAGAUUAUACAGUGUAUAUACAGUGUUCCAGAUUAUACAGUGUAUAUACAGUGUUCCAGAUCAUACAGUGUUCCAGAUCAUACAGUGUUCCAGAUUAUACAGUGUAUAUACAGUGUUCCAGAUUAUACAGUGUAUAUACAGUGUUCCAGAUCAUACAGUGUUCCAAAUCAUACAGUGUUCCAGAUCAUACAGUGUAUAUACAGUGUUCCAGAUUAUACAGUGUAUAUACAGUGUUCCAGAUCAUACAGUGUAUAUACAGUGUUCCAGAUCAUACAGUGUAUAUACAGUGUUCCAGAUCAUAAAUGUAAAUGUAUAUACAGUGUUCCAGAUCAUACAGUGUUCCAGAUCAUACAGUGUAUAUACAGUGUUCCAGAUCAUACAGUGUAUAUACAGUGUUCCAGAUCAUACUGUAUUCCAGAUCAUACAGUGUAUAUACAGUGUUCCAGAUCAUACAGUGUAUAUACAGUGUUCCAGAUCAUACAGUGUAUAUACAGUGUUCCAGAUCAUAAAUGUAAAUGUAUAUACAGUGUUCCAGAUCAUACAGUGUUCCAGAUCAUACAGUGUAUAUACAGUGUUCCAGAUCAUACAGUGUAUAUACAGUGUUCCAGAUCAUACAGUGUAUAUACAGUGUUCCAGAUCAUAAAUGUAAAUGUAUAUACAGUGUUCCAGAUCAUACAGUGUUCCAGAUCAUACAGUGUAUAUACAGUGUUCCAGAUCAUACAGUGUAUAUACAGUGUUCCAGAUCAUACAGUGUUCCAGAUCAUACAGUGUAUAUACAGUGUUCCAGAUUAUACAGUGUAUAUACAGUGUUCCAGAUCAUACAGUAUUCCAGAUCAUACAGUGUAUAUACAGUGUUCCAGAUCAUACAGUGUAUAUACAGUGUUCCAGAUCAUAAAUUGUAUAUACAGUGUUCCAGAUCAUACAGUGUAUAUACAGUGUUCCAGAUCAUACAGUGUAUAUACAGUGUUCCAGAUCAUAAAUGUAAAUGUAUAUACAGUGUUCCAGAUCAUACAGUGUUCCAGAUCAUACAGUGUAUAUACAGUGUUCCAGAUCAUACAGUGUAUAUACAGUGUUCCAGAUCAUACAGUGUAUAUACAGUGUUCCAGAUCAUACAGUGUAUAUACAGUGUUCCAGAUCAUACAGUGUUCCAGAUCAUACAGUGUUCCAGAUCAUACAGUGUAUAUACAGUGUUCCAGAUCAUACAGUGUUCCAGAUCAUACAGUGUAUAUACAGUGUUCCAUCCAGUCAUAUAAUUAG